UAUGAAACUACGUAUAACUUUUCUCCCCUUUUCUGUCACCAAGUAUAUGAAGAAAUUGAGCUAGAUUAGGCUUAAAAGCUUCCACUUUGUGUAGUUUUUAGUAUCCAAAAAUAACCAUUUUUUUUCUUUGAGACUUCACAAGAAUGCAUUCCAUGGCUAGAGCUUGGUCCUUGUUACUUCUUCUUAUCAUUCUUGUCUUUGGUGCAUUUGUUGAAGGCAGCCAUGGAAGCAAACUCUCUCAAAAUUACUACAAAUCGACUUGUCCCCAAGUUUUGUCCAUUGUCAAAGCUAAAACCGAAUCCACUUUAAAGAAGAAACCAAGGAUGGGGGCUUCUUUGCUGCGGUUGCAUUUCCAUGACUGCUUUGUUAAUGGGUGUGACGGUUCGAUAUUGUUGGACGAUGACUCGACUUUUAUUGGUGAGAAAACUGCACUUGCUAACAAUAACUCGGCUAGGGGAUUCGAACUUGUCGACGACAUUAAAGCUGAAGUGGAGAAAACUUGCCCUGGAGUAGUUUCCUGUGCCGAUAUUCUUGCCAUUGCUGCUCGUGACUCGACUGUCGUACUAGGGGGUCCGUCAUGGAAAGUUAAAUUGGGGAGGAGGGAUUCUAUCACUGCUAGCAGGGCUGAUGCAAACAAGUUCAUUCCUGCACCCAGUUUCACCUUAAGUGCUCUCAAAUCAAAUUUCCAUGCUCAAGGACUCUCAUUGAAAGAUUUGGUGGCACUUUCAGGUGCACACACUAUUGGCCUGGCAAGGUGCACAACAUUUCGAGCACACAUCUACAAUGACUCCAACAUUGAUCCCUCAUUUGCCAAGUCCCUGCAACACAAAUGCCCCAGAACCGGAAAAGAUAACAUUCAUCGACGCCUUGACUUACGGACACCGAUUUCUUUCGAUAAUUUCUACUUUCGAAACUUGUUGAAAAAGAAGGGUCUCCUCCGGUCUGAUCAAGAGCUCUUUAACGGCAAAUCAUCCGACUCUCUGGUUAAAAAGUAUGCCGCAGAUUCUUCCAAGUUUUUCAAACAGUUCACCAAAUCUAUGAUCAAGAUGAGCAACAUCAAGCCUCUCACAGGAAAUUCUGGGCAAAUUAGGAUCAAUUGCAGAAAAGUCAACUGAAAAAACAUGGUGUUUUUAAAAGGAUUAUAGCCACUAUUUUCGUUACAAUUAUCUGUCUCUUUCAGAACUUCAACAAUAGCUGCUGUAGAACAUCUGGUAAACUUAUCAGAAACAGUGAAAACUUACUUUUACUUUCAUGAUUUGCUUAAAGAUGCCUUCAA